AUGACAAUACCUGAUAUGCAGUGGAUAGAACUCAACCUCGUUGGAACUCCACCAAAUGGACUUCGGGACUAUGCUGUUGGCUAUAUAAACUCAAAUAACAAGUUAGUUAUUUUUGGGGGAACUACUCAAGGAGGGGCUAAAUCUGGAGCAACUUAUCUUCUUGAUUUCAAUCAGAUGUCUUGGGUACCUCCAAAUCCUCCAUCAACUGCAAAUACCACUACACCAGGAGCAAGAUCCAACAUGGUCUACGGAAUAGAUGUAUACUCUAGUUAUCGUCAACAACUCGUGAUAACAACAGGACUCGGAAACGAUGGACAACCUUUCAACGAUACGUGGGCGUUCGAUAUGAACUACGAAAGUUGGCGGCAGAUAACGAAUGUACAAACACCUAAUGGUCCCGUACCCAGUAUGUAUGAUGCUGUCGGUGGAACCGACUUGGAAGCGCAAGGAGGAAUCUCAACGAAUAACAGCAUGUGGGUCACUCUUGGCACUGACGGCACCAAUAAGUAUCAAGACACCUGGAGAUUAGUUUUGGAUGGUGUUUCGUCGCCCAAUGUUAAUCAACUGACUGCAUCAUGGUAUAAACUAACUACGUCAGGAAAUAUUCCUUCAGCCAAACUUGAUGCUGCUGGUACAGUCCUAUCGGGGGGGCGCAUUGCGAUGUUUGGAGGCUGUAACACACUGACACCUAAUUGUGCUACACGUGAUGCUUAUGUGGAGUCUAUUCAGAACUACAAAGAUCCUACGCCAACGUCUGCUCAACCCUCGUGGCUCAACGCCAACCAGUGUCCUGGACCGCGAAAGGGUGCCGCUAUGACGAUGAAUUACAAUAGAGCCAAUCCAGCCUUUGAGAAUCAAGUCAUUUUAUUCGGUGGCGAAGGAACAAGCCAGUCGGGUAAUGGGGAACAAGGCGAAGUUAAUGUGUUAGACGUCUCGGCGGGAACUUGGGUAAGAGUGCUGCCCAAACCUGAUCCAAAGUCUGCUAAACAAUAUCCUUCCCUUCGUGCGGGGGCACAAAUGCUCGCAUUACCGAAGGCAGUUUACAAGGGUGACGGCAUACCGGACGGUACCGAUGUCUUCCUUUUUGGUGGAGAAGCGCUAGAUGGGUCAGGAGACAUGCUUUCAGACGUCUGGCUGUUGCGUCUAUCCAACACUCCCAUCAAACGGGAUAGUUCUGGUGGCACGAAAUUUUUACAAUGUGACGUUGGUGAUGGUACUGGUACAGAUAACACUUCUUCCGGGUCCGACGGAAAUAAUGGAUCAACCACCAGCACAGGCGUCAUACUUUCGACAAUAAGUUUCGUAUUGCUGCCAUUAGCUAUAUCAAUAUUGAGGUUUGGUAUGGCAAGUAUGGGCGGUCUGGCAGCUAUUUUAUAUGGAUUUACCAUUAUUUCUUCGUAUGUUACUGCCUUCUUGGGUUUUGUAAGGUCGAAAACGGAAGAGUAUUCCACCACGCAUAGGAUUUUAGAUAUUAUUAUUCUCAUACUACUGUAUGCAAUAGUUCCAUUAGCGAGCAUAAUAUCAUGGGGUAUUCGACGGAAAUAUGAAUCAAAUUCGUCGGCUACUCAUAUUGAAGAUACGAGAGCUAAGGCCAAGACUGAAGGAUUUAUUCCAAGGAUGGCAGCAUUAUUCCGAUUUAGCGAUUCAACAGACUAUACAAAGGCGACGGAAAAAUCUUUCCAAGUCGAUAGACGUGAAAGUAACGGCAGGAACACAAACACUUACUCACGAGACGAUGACAAUUGGUUCGAUAAGCGUAAGAGUGUCUCAAUUUCUGAUACUCCUACUGUACAAAACGAUGGCUCUUCUCGUGAUAGUCUCAACAAUGGCAUGCGAUAUCAUGGCUCGGCUGCCGCUUCGACUGCUCAUCCGAAUUCUUUUGUAUUGCGUACAAGACAUGCUCACCACAUUUUCUCGCAGUUGAUUUUGCUUUUAGGAGCAAUAUACGUCGCAUUCUCGCUUUCUAACGAAAAUUCUGUUAAAAAGUUUUGGGUUGCACUGUUUAUAAUAUACAUGGGUGUUAUAUAUGUCAUCUGGAUAGCAGCAGCUUGGAGGGGAUAUCCUCGUGGGAGAAGAUCGUUGUUGGUCGCCUUCCUUGGCAAGUAUUGUCACGGUAAUGGUGAAUUUGAUGACAACGAGGAAGAGUAUAAUAAUGACCACGAGCUAGUUGAUUCAUGGGUGAAUAAUAAUACUCAACUAAGACAUAUGCGAGAUGAAGAGGAACUAGAUGAGGAGGCACAGGCGCAAAUGGAAGAGGAGAUGGCUAAUCGCGAAGUUGUCGUGAUGACUAUACCUAAGAGAAGACUAACGGUGGUGAAUGUCUGA